AUGUGCACUAAGAUUCACCUGUAUGGCUUGGAUGGCAGGACCCUGCCCAAUCUCACAACUCCAAAUUUCCCCGUAGUGGUCAAGCUGGGACAUGCUCAUGCUGGAAUGGGGAAGGUCAAAGUUGAGAACCAGCAUGACUUCCGGGACAUGGCCAGCAUAGUAGCCAUGGCAAAAACGUAUGCCACCAGCGAGCCGUUCAUUGACUCCAAGUACGACAUCCGAAUCCAGAAAAUUGGCAGCAACUACAAGGCUUACAUGAGGACGUCCAUCUCUGGAAACUGGAAGGCAAACACAGGUUCUGCAAUGCUAGAACAGAUUGCCAUGACAGAGAGGUACAGACUCUGGGCAGAUGCCUGCGCAGAAAUGUUUGGAGGUCUUGACAUCUGUGCUGUCAAAGCUGUCCAUAGCAAAGAUGGAAAAGACUAUAUCAUUGAGGUGAUGGACAGCUCGAUGCCCCUGAUCGGGGAGCAUGUGGAAGAGGACAGACAGCUUAUAGCCGAUUUGGUUGUUUCCAGAAUGACUCAGCUUGUCAUCACUGGUGGAUCUACACCAUCACCGCUGAGGCCUUGGCCUCCACAAGCUCAGCCUGCAUCAAUGAAAACUCAGACUGGACCUCAGCUGGGACAACUGUCCCAACCACGGCCUCCUCCCCAAGGUGGACCACGCCAGCCUCAGGGAUCUCAGCCUCCACGGACAAAUGCACCUCCACAGCAGCGGCUCUCUCCUCAAGGACAGCAGCCCCAGAGUCCCCAGUCAACUUCACCUCAGCAGCAAAGGUCACCUGGAUCUCCACAGCAAGUCCGAUCAGCAACUGGGUCCUCUCCAGUCCAGGCUCCCAAGGCAGGCAUGUUCCCUCCACAGCAGCCUAGACCUCCAGCUCAAGGCCGGGCUCCUAGCCAGCCAAGCCCCACUGAAACGUCCAAGCAGCAAGCUACCCCACACCCACAUCUGAACAAAUCGCAGUCCCUGACAAACACCUUCAGCAUAUCUGAAUCAUCUCAGCGGGGAAAUGCCAAUGAAGACGAAGCAAAAGCUGAGACCAUCCGCAACCUGAGGAAAUCAUUUGCUAGCCUGUUUUCUGAUUAACAGCCCUGCAGCUGGAUCUGUGCUUUUGUCAGCCCCCACUCUUCAUACCAGCCUACCUGAUGUCAUCCUGGAAUACACUCAAUGGUACCCAGCAAUUUACAACUAACACCUGGGUAAAGGGAGUUUAGAAAACUAUAGUUGGUUUAAUACAAAGAAAAUAUUCUAAUAACGGUCUGAAAAGUGACUGUAUAAAAGUGGCACUUUUUCAUUCGUUUUUUUGUGCAUAAUCAGAAUCACAUCUGUUCAAAUGACUGAGUUGUAAAGCAAAUUUUACUCUUGCUAGCCCCUGUGGAGUCAACAGAGUUAUAACAG